GCACCUGGCGGAGGAGUUCCGCUCGCUGCGGGAGCCGGUGGAGAGGGUGAAGCGGCUGCUGCACUACGCGGAGGCGGUGGCGCCGAUGGAGGAGUCGGGUCGGGUGGACGCGAACCGGGUGAUGGGGUGCACCGCGCGCGUGUGGGUGGAGGUGAGGAUCGACGAGGAGGGGAAGGUGAGGGUGGCGGCGGACAGUGAUUCGGAGAUCACGAGGGGGUUCUGCGCGUGUCUGGUUUGUGUGCUGGACGGGUCGGAGCCCCACGAGGUUACUGGACUGACCACUGAGGAUUUGGUGGGCCUCAAUGUGGGCUUGCCCGGAGGUGGUGGGCGUUCCAGGGUGAACACGUGGCACAACGUCCUUGUCAGCAUGCAGAAGAGGACCAAGCAGUUGGUGGCUCAGAGGGAAGGGAAGGUUCCGUUUGAGCCUUUUCCUUCCUUGGUUGUCACUGCUGAUGGGGUUUUUCCCAAGGGUGCCUACGCUGAAGCCCAGGCAAAAUAUCUGUUCCCUGAUGACUUAAAGGUUAAUGAACUAGUCAAUGUGCUGAAGGAGAAGAAAAUCGGUGUCGUUGCACACUUUUACAUGGAUCCCGAGGUCCAAGGCAUUUUAACUGCUGCUCAGAAGCAGUGGCCACAUAUCUAUAUAUCUGAUUCACUGGUCAUGGCAGAUACAGCAGUAAAAAUGGCAAAAGCCGGAUGCCAAUACAUAACAGUGCUAGGUGUGGAUUUUAUGUCAGAAAAUGUGCGUGCCAUCCUUGAUCAGGCUGGCUUCAGUGAGGUUGGCGUGUAUAGGAUGUCAAAUGAGCGUAUUGGAUGUUCUCUGGCUGAUGCUGCUGCUACUCCUACUUAUAUGGAGUAUCUUGAGGAUGCUUCUAGGUCUACUUCUUUGCAUGUCAUAUACAUCAACACUAAGUUAGAAACGAAGGCAUAUGCCCAUGAGCUUGUGCCUACAAUAACCUGUACUUCAUCAAAUGUUGUCCAGACCAUCCUACAGGCAUUUGCUCAAGUUCCAGAUUUGAGCAUAUGGUAUGGACCUGAUUCUUACAUGGGUGCAAAUAUUAAAGAAUUGUUGCAACAAAUGACAAAAAUGACUGAUGAAGAGAUUGCUGUGAUACAUCCUGAGCACAGUCAAGACUCUAUUAGAUCAUUAUUACCUCGACUUCACUAUUAUCAGGAUGGAACAUGCAUUGUUCACCAUCUAUUUGGCCAUGAAGUUGUGGAGAAGAUAAAAGAAAUGUACUGCGAUGCAUUCCUUACUGCCCAUCUUGAGGUACCUGGAGAGAUGUUUUCAUUGGCAAUGGAGGCAAAGAGAAGGGGAAUGGGCGUAGUAGGCUCCACACAGAAUAUUUUGGAUUUCAUAAAGGAUAGGGUUCAGGAAGCUUUGGAUAGAAAUAUAAAUGAUCAUCUCCAAUUUGUUUUAGGAACAGAAUCAGGGAUGGUGACUUCAAUUGUGGCAACAGUUCGUAGUUUAUUGGAACCAGCAAAGUCCUCUUCUCAAAGAGCAAAAGUCACCGUUGAAAUAGUCUUUCCAGUUUCAUCAGAUUCGAUCUCAAAAACAACCUCAAGUUUAUCUUCAGGUCUCAAUUCUGCCAAAGUGGGUGAUAUCAUACUUUCUGUUGUACCAGGAGUAGCUAGCGGGGAGGGUUGUUCCAUUCAUGGUGGCUGUGCAUCUUGUCCAUACAUGAAGAUGAAUUCUCUUAGCUCACUCCUGAAAGUUAGCCAUCACCUACCAGAUGAAGAAAAUAUUCUUUCUGCAUACAAGGCAGACCGAUUUAAGUUGCAAACACCAAAUGGAAAAUCAGUGGCAGAUGUUGGAUGUGAACCUAUUUUGCACAUGAGGAACUUCCAGGCUACUAAAAAGCUUCCAGAGAAGCUCAUUGAUCAGAUUCUUCGUCCCUAAAACAGUAGAAGAUCGAUAUGAUAAACUUGAGGAAUAAUGUGAAACAGAAAUUUGUGCUGCUGUCUUGCGAGCAAUUCCAAGUUGCCACAAAAACGUUAGUAGGCCCGUGCAAGGUCUUUUCAGGCCCGUGCAAGGUCUUUUCUUAUAACACGGUAAUUGUUAGUACAACCGGAUUUUGUUGUAUGAGUAGUUUCCCUUCUUAGCAUAGAGAACUUCUGAUAUUAUUUAGUAAGGUCACAAAAUAUCAAUAGAGAAAUAAAUGAAAUAGCAUUUCUGGUUUAUGCCCCCAGCAUUUUUUGUUUUUAAUGACUGAAAAAAAUUCUAAAUGUACAGUACCGGGUUCAUGGCCUUUUGUAUUAUGUUGUAUUGAAGCGAGGUAUGCUUUUCAGCCC